AUGAAGAAGACGACGAAGACUUUGACGAAAGGUAGUGGCGAUGGUGGAGGGGGACGGACAACUGAACUCAAGGACAACACAUCUCUGAAAUUCUUUGUGAAGUUUUCUUCGCUAUUCAUUUCAAACACCGAAAGCGAGACCCAAAUACUACCCGAAGACAAGCGCAUACACACAAUGUUAGGACCAAAUGUGAUCUCAUGUCUAAUAAUAUUAAUAUCGUUUUGCCUGAGAGUGAAAGGCAUUCCUAAUCUGAAUGAGACAUCACAAGAAGCGGUGCUCGUGUUUGCCGGCGAAGAGGCUUUCAUUGACUGCAAAGUCCAGAAUUUACAGAAUUAUACGAUUCUGUUUAAAUUCAUGAGCGCCGGCACUGAUUCACAAAAAGCUGACAUAAUAUCUGCCGGCAAUCUAAUCAUUACGAGUGACACACGCUUUUCGGUACUCCACCAUCCAGAACACGACGUUUGGGUGCUAAACAUCAAAAACACCAAAACCAGGGAUUCAGGCAUUUAUGUGUGCGAAACAAAUUCAAGUCCUAAGCAACAAAUCGCACGACUUUUAAGUGUAAUCGACUCGGACUCAGGGAAUGACAAAACCGAUGCCAUUCUGUCGGAUGUGAACCACAAUUACACGGACUGUUGUAUCGAAGAGGAAGUGCCAGAAUUGUGUCAUUCGUUUUGUUUGAUGAGCGGAAUCGUCAACAACGAGAUACCGCACCAAACGGUUCACUCAUGUCUGCCACACCUGCCGAGUAUCACAAAGUGUCUGAACGGCGGCAGAAAUAAUCUCAAGUGCUGUCAGCGCCAGCAUAUUCCCAAACCCUGUGAAGGUGUAUGUGUCGGCAAUUUCACCUUGGAUACUGUCAGUGAUCACUACACGUGUAUGGACUACGCGGCCCCUGUGCUCGCCUGUAUCGCUGAGGGUAUCGAAACGCUUCCGCCACAACCGGAGGACGUGUUUGUUGAACCCAUUUCCACGACUCAACUCAGGAUUAAGUGGUUUAAGUCCGACAAUCCAAAGGACGCACAAACGGAUUCCUAUCAAAUAAAUGUCACACAAUUGCAUACAUUUGACGAUUUAGUGGACAACAAGAAAAUUAAUAAUUUAAGUAUGAAAGACAACUCGCGACCAACUAAUAGCACACAAAUGUCUUUCGCUGUAAACGGAUCGCUUAGUGAAUACACGGUUAAAGACUUGAAAACCUUUACGAUGUAUGAAAUACAGGUGACAGCCAUUAAUAAGUUUGGCGAUAGUUUGCCCACAAACCCGAUCCGAGCGCUCACAUUAUCCCCGGAAUCGGAUUCGCAGAAAAUACCGAAGUCUACCAAAAAUGAUCCCAAACUCCCGAAUAUUAGGAAAUGCUGCGAAGAUAAUGGAGUGGUUUUGGAUCGUUGUCUCAACACGUUAUGCGACCCAACGAAAGCAGAUACGGCCAGUCUGUCCGACCUAAUGAUAUGUGCACCCUGGGCCAAUGUUACGUUCAAAUGCAUGGCACUCGAGACCACUGAAGACGGAUGGACUGACCACUCGAGUUGUUGCGAACAAAGAGGUGUUUCACCCGUUUGUCUGUCUCUAUGCAAAGGGAAUGUCAAAAGAAUUGAUUUCCGACACUUUGUAUGUCUGGACCACAUGUCGACAUACACGAAUUGUAUUCUAUCGCACCAUAAAGUGCUGUCAAGUGAACCGCAAGAGUUUCGCGUAACCCAUGUGAAGUCCCUUUGUCCGUCACUAAGCGCUUACGAAGCGUUUGUUUCGGCUGUCAAUCAGUACGGUGUGAGUGAGGGCUCCCCUCGGGUGGUGUUCUCGACGCCAAGAAUCUCGACACCAGAUGAACGAGAAUUAGAAGAAUCCAACUUUGGAUACAAUGAGACGGCGUGUUGUGUUAGGGCAGCGCUUCCCAAGAAGUGUAUGCCGUUGUGUUCAUACAAAGUCAAAGUGGCGGAUGUCUUCAAUUUGUCGUCCACUUGUGUGAACUCGUUGUCAACUCUAGUCAGGUGCGGAACGGGUGGCAGAAACCACGUGCCCUGUUGUCGGCGCAGGGAUGUGAGCGCCGAGUGUCUCAAUGUAUGCGCCGGUAUUGUGGACACCUCUUCGCUAGUAGUGGCCACUCGUUGUUCACAACAUUUCGGCAAAAUCUUGCAGUGCAUGGAAGAGGGCACCGGACUAUUGCCGGGAAUGCCCAUCGGAUUGCACGCCACUGUCAUCACCAAAAACAGUGUACACUUGCAGUGGAAGCCCGCCUUAGAGGACGUGGACGCCUCUCAUGUGACAUACCAAGUGAGGUAUGGGAAGACCGAUAACUCCAUACCAUUGCAUCCGUUAGAGCACACGAACAGCAAAAACUCGUCGCAAACCAAAGCCAUCGUUGAAGGUCUCGAUCCCAACACUCACUACAGUGUAUACAUAACGGCUCACAAUCUCUACGGAGUAUCGCUUCCGUCGCUCGUAUUGCUGGUGAAGACGAUGGAAGACAACGAGUCCGACCAGAAGACCACAAUUCACGCCAAGUUAGGUCCACCGCAUUCGCUGGAACUCAUACACCAAACGGUGGACACCAUUACAUUCAAAUGGUCGCCCCCUCUCUACGUGCCCAUCGAUUCCGCCGUCAACUAUAUUGUCUACUAUAAGGCCAUCAACGGAACGGCUGUCGCCUCGAAUCCGUCNAUACACCAAACGGUGGACACCAUUACAUUCAAAUGGUCGCCCCCUCUCUACGUGCCCAUCGAUUCCGCCGUCAACUAUAUUGUCUACUAUAAGGCCAUCAACGGAACGGCUGUCGCCUCGAAUCCGUCCAAAGAAAACUGGUUUAGUCUUUACACGUCCUAUACCUCAGUCUACUUAACAAACCUGACGUAUAACACGGAGUACGCGCUGGCCGUUCAGUCCCUGUCCGACCGCAACGAAACGAGUACCUCAUCGGAGAUUAUUCUGGUCUGGACUGACCCGCCUAUACCCACCGCCUUACAGAUGCCUCUCAUAGUACCGGCCGGUCCUAUAGUCGAGGGAACUAACAUUACAGUCAUGUGUAUAGCGAUGGGCACUCCCGUCCCGACUACUUCCCUAUUCAUCAAUGGAUUAUUAGUAGCCAAACAAGACUCAAGACAUUUAGCGUUCACUUUAACUAAUGUCAACCGAAACUUGUCAUCCAUUUCCUGUUACGCCGUCAAUGGCGAGGGAAAGGAAGUCCACUCCGCACAAAGUGUUUUAGAUGUCUACGUUAGAUUUAAACCAACGACUGUGGGAAACCCACCAUUGAGUUCGGCCCCCAUUGGAGGCACGGCUCGACUAUUUUGCACAAUUUCGGCAAAUAUACAAAUGACUUAUGUUUUCACACUUUUGAUUAAAUCAACCGCAAAAUCAGACGAUGGAAAUUAUAUGUGCACAACAGAGAAUGACUUUGGAAAAGCUGUCACAACGUUAACACUAUCGGUGACACCGGAAUCAGUUCAGCCCAAGAAUACAACGAGUUGUUGUGUGGAACAGGGAGUCAGUGAACAAUGUCUGAGCGUUUGUUCAAUAGAUAUAGACAUCGAAACAGCGCUCUCGAGACCCGAAUGUUUCAGUGAAUUGGAUAAACUCAUGAGUUGUGCGGCCGAUGGAAGCGAUCACAGACAGUGCUGUCGCAGACGUCAAGUUCCCAACGGCUGUCUUCGGUGGUGUGCCGGCCUUCGAGUCAGUAUACCUUCGCUUUGCAUUCUGUCGUCUUCGCGGGAAAUCAUAUCGUGUUUCCAAGAGGGCAGAGCCCUAUUGCCCGGCCCUCCCAUCAACGUCCGCGUCGAGGAGUUCAUCGGCGACAGCACCGUCCGAAUCGAGUGGACGCCUCCGGAAAAGAAUUCAGAGUUAGUUCAAUGGUAUCGAGUCUUCUGGAGACCGGUCGGUUCGCGGGAUCUAAUGAGGAAUCAGACGGAGACGCCGUCGUUUGAACUCAGAAAUCUAGAACCGGAUAAGAUGUACGAGUUUGUGGUCAAGUCUGGCAAUCAUUACGGACUCAGCGUCUUCACGGAUCCUCUUGUGGUGACGUUAAGAGGCUCUUCAGCCCACUCCACAUCAUUAGGCAAUAAACUGCUGAAAGUACUGUUAGGCAUAACAAUAGGCAUUGUGUUAAUCCUAAUGGGAAUAACAGCUCUUAUUUAUUAUUAUAAAUACCAUUUCAUAACCAAAACGAAUCCGUCGAGAGGUGUCUCCUUUGAAAACCCGACGUAUCUGAAGGACACGAAUACUAUUCAAAUCAACGACUCGAGAGGUCCGGACCCCAGCGCUCCGAACGGGGCUGAAAGAGCUGACACUCAGACCUGAGAUCAUGAUCCAUAGGAAUUGAUUAUACAAAUACUGUAGUAUGUAGUGAACUGAC